AAAUAAGUUAUUGUUGGUAAAUUUAAGAAAAGCUUUCAUUGAAAUACGAAAAUUAUUUUAUUUUGUAAUUGAAAACUUAUGUUAGUGUAUUUAUUCGUGUUAAAAAUUUCUAUGCAUUUGGUUUAGGUUAAGUUAUAUUUAAAAUUUGAUAGUCUAUUACUUGUGAAAACAAAAAUGGCUAGUACGUCCAGUGAUCAAACUAUUAUUGCGCAAAAGACUUGGGAGAUGUCAAAUAAUGUUGAAACAAUUAACGCAGUUGAUGAAAUCUACAGAUAUGAUAGACAAGAACAACAAGAUAUUUUAGCGGCUAAGCCAUGGGAGAAAGAUCCUCAUUUUUUCAAAGAUAUAAAAAUCUCAGCAUUGGCAUUGUUAAAAAUGGUAAUGCAUGCACGUUCUGGUGGAACAUUAGAAGUAAUGGGCCUUCUGCUUGGAAAGGUAGCAGCAAAUACAAUGAUAGUUAUGGAUUCUUUUGCAUUACCUGUUGAAGGGACAGAAACAAGAGUUAAUGCCCAAGCUCAGGCAUAUGAAUACAUGACUGCAUAUAUAGAAGCUGCAAAACAAGUUGGUAGACAAGAAAAUGCUAUUGGCUGGUAUCAUAGUCAUCCAGGAUAUGGAUGUUGGUUGUCAGGUAUUGAUGUUUCUACGCAAAUGCUUAACCAAAAUUUUCAAGAACCAUUUGUUGCUAUUGUAAUUGAUCCUGUACGAACUAUUUCCGCGGGUAAAGUUUGCUUAGGAGCAUUUAGGACUUAUCCAAAGGGAUAUAAACCAGCUAAUGAGGAACCAUCAGAAUAUCAAACAAUACCUUUAAAUAAAAUUGAAGACUUUGGUGUUCAUUGUAAACAAUAUUAUUCUUUAGAAGUAUCAUAUUUUAAAUCAUUAUUGGAUAAACGAUUGUUGGAUUCUCUAUGGAAUAAAUAUUGGGUGAACACUCUUAGUUCUUCUAGUCUAUUGACAAAUGCAGAUUAUACUACAGGUCAAAUAUUUGAUUUGUCUGAUAAAUUAGAACAAUCGGAAGUUGCACUUGGACGAGGAUUUGUUUUAGGUGGAACAGAUCCACACGAUCGUAGUACAGUUGAAAAACUUAUCAAAGCAACACGUGAUAGUUCUAAAACUACAAUUGAAGUUAUACAUGGUUUAAUGGCACAAAUUAUUAAAGACAAAUUAUUUAAUCAAGUUGGGAAAAAUAUGACAGAUUCUCAUUGAACACUAUUCAAUUAUAUUAAUUCAUAAUAAGUUAAUUUUUAAGUAAGCCAAACAAAUGUAUUUGUAAUAAAAGCAAUGUGUGUUAUAAUUAA